GCCUCCUAAAAGGUCUCCCAGUCCUAGCUAGGCAUCAUUUCCUGUCACUAUCCGUCUCGGCCGGUGGUGGAAGAGAGCUUCAUAUAUUAUUAUAUUACAUUCGACUUUUCCUGAUGCGGCAAUUCAACCAGCUUCUUCUUCUUCUCCAUGUCUGAUCAAUCACCAUCGCUGGCUUCAUCUCCAUACAGGAGUUAGUCUAAUCCUGAGCUAGGAAGGAAGGAACUCUCUCUGGUGCUCUGUAUUAUCUGUGUCGCCAUGCCUUGUUGCUCUUGCUGCUUCCGUGUCUCCAACAAGAAAGAGAAACACGCCUCCGAUCUCUACUCCCGUUCCAUGAGCAGACUGUCAUCUGAGAAGAAGAUCAAGCUCUUCUCCUACGCGGAGCUGCGGUCGGCGACCAACAACUUCCACCGGAGCACCAGCAUCGGGCGAGGCGGCUUCGGCGCCGUCUACAAGGGCGCGCUGCGGGACGGCGGCGGCGACGUGGCGGUCAAGGUGCUGUCCGCGCACUCCCGGCAGGGCACCAGGGAGUUCCUCACCGAGAUCGACGUCAUCGCCAACGUGGAGCACCCCAACCUGGUGGCCCUGCUGGGCUGCUGCGUGGAGGGCCGCCACCGCAUCCUCGUCUACGAGCUCCUCCACAACGGCAGCCUCCACGGCGCCCUCCUCGCCUCCGCCGGCGACCCCGCCAGGCUCACCUGGGCGAUCAGGCGCGGCGUCUGCGUCGGCGUCGCCAGGGGCCUGGCGUUCCUGCACGAGGAGAUGGCGUCCGGCCCCAUCGUGCACAGGGACAUCAAGGCCAGCAACGUCCUCCUCGACGCCGGCUACGGCGCCAAGAUCGGCGACUUCGGCCUCGCCAAGCUCUUCCCGGACGCCGCCACGCACGUCAGCACCCGCGUCGCGGGGACCGCGGGGUACCUCGCGCCGGAGUACGCGCUGCACGGCCAUCUCACCAAGAAGGCCGACGUCUACAGCUUCGGGGUGUUGCUGCUGGAGACCGUCACCGGCAAGAGCAGCUCCAGGAGCCUCCAUUUAUCCGACGAGGGGGACAAGGUGCUGGUGGAGAGGGUGUGGGAGCUCUACGAGGCCGCCAACCUCAGGGACAUGAUCGACCCGGCGAUGGAAGACGGGUGCAAUGAGGAGGAGGCUGUGAGGUACAUGAAGGUGGCGCUGAUGUGCACGCAGGCGACGCCGCUGCGGCGGCCGUCGAUGUUGCGGGUGCUGGAGAUGCUGGAGAAGGAUGUCCGGUUGAGGGAGAAAGAGAUCACGCCGCCGGGCUACGUCCUCCGGGACAACAAGGACAGCCACUCCACAUCCAUGGUCGUUGCUUCGCACACCUUGACGGAGUUAGCGCCAAGGUAAAAAAAGGUUCGACCGUUCUGAGCAACUACCUAGCUAGUAGUAAGGGUGUGUUUGCUUUGUGUCACCGGGUGGAAUGGAACGGGUCCGACCCGCUCCUGACUCUCGUUCUUGUGUUUAGUUGUCACAUGGAACCGGAACCCAUCCAUUCCCAGAAAGCGAAUAUUCUCUUUAUAUCCGGAAUUCGCUCGUACCGCCGAAUUGGUGGAACCACAUGGAACCGUGCCCCUCUCUGUCUCGUUCCUCGGCGCUUCUCCUCUCCGCCGCUUCUCUUCCUCGUCUCUCCCUCUCGCUGAUCUCCGCCGGUUCUCCCCUUCAUCUCCCCCUCUCUCUGAUCUGCGCCACUGACAAGCAGAGACACCAACCACACACUGAAUCACUGAGAGGGUCUAGCGGUCCUUGCCAUGAAUGAUACCAUCAUUGUUUUUUCUUCAAUAAGAGCCAAAAAUGCAUUUGGCCUUUGCAUCGAUAUAUGCAUGCAACCAUUUUUAGUGUUGUUCCAUAACUUUGUAAGGCAGUCCUUUGAUUGAGUAAUCCUAUCAAGGAGCAACCUGCAGAAGCGUUGCCUUUUCACUAGAAAAAGGGGAAUUACUUCUAUAAAGAAUGUUGGAAUACCCGCCUCCCUAGGCUCUCCGCGGGCGAAAA